CUUGCCGGGGAGAGCGAGAGCAUCGCGAAGUUGCCCCUCCCCGACGAUUGUGUGCCAAACACUCUUAACAGAUUUGUUAACACCUGUAUUGUUGCGGCCGAUGGAAUCAGCCCGGCGGAGUCAGCGAAGGGUCGAGUGCGUGCGUGGCUAUAGACAACCGUGACUUGUUCGUCUGCGGUAGUCGCCAGCGAUAGCCGCUUCUGUUCGCAGCGUCUGCUUUUCUCUCUCGAUCUCGAUCACACCGAAUCUCCUUCACCUCGUUUACCACUCGCUCGAUUUUCUCUCUCUCUCGCGCGCGCACAAGCACGUUCAGUGUGGAUUACAUCACGCGGAAUAUCAAGACCUACCUCGUGCGUCAUGUGUAGAAGAGUGAUCCUGCUCGUUGCCUUGUUGGCUCAGCUGACGUCGACGCGAGCGUAUAUCUGGAGCUGGGCGUGGAGUAACCCUGCGUUGUCGCAGCAGGGCCAGCCGCCCGAGCCGACGUAUCAUCCGAGGAAUACUCACCUACGAGCCGACACGGCCAGCAACGAAACCAGCGAGAAACUCCAGCUCCAGGUCGCCUACCAGCGUCCCUGUGAGAACGACAAGGCGUGCGGAAAAGGCAAGUUCUGCGACCAUCACUACGGUACAUGUGAAGUGCACCGCGCCGAAGCCAGCCUCUGCCGCCGAGACGGCAACUGCGAGAAAGGCCUUGAGUGCGUGUUUGGCAAAUGCAGACCGGUCGUCGAGCACGGAACCGUCGGUGCCCGGUGCAAACACGACAAGGACUGCGGCAAUAGUCAGUGCUGCGCGAAGCAGCAUGGAGAGUUUGUGUGCAAGGCGAAGCUGCAGAUCGGUAACAAGUGCUUCGUGCCGGACGGUGGCAUAGACUAUAGCCUCAACCAGCUGUGCCCAUGCGAUCGGGGUCUCAUAUGUCGAUACACGCCACAACGACGUCUACGAGAAGAGGAAUUUGAUUGGAAGUUCUGGACGGACUACGACGAUAUGCGGUGUGUACCAGGCAUAUGAACGAUCGUGACGUCUCUCUACCGCGGCACCAUGACGUCAUAGAAAUAUCGCGGCUGUUACGUUUAGCAUUUAGUUUUUGUUAUUAUUGACAAUCUAUUUUAUGUAAUCUCAUGUAAAUACGAACGCUGUGUCAAGUUAGUUAACGAUAUUGUACCAAUGUGAUCUUAAUGUCAAACACAUCAUGCUAGUGAUAGUCGGAUGCAUAGAUUGAGUGUAGAUGGCUUGUUAGGAUAAACACUGAGAAAUGACAGUAUACUGACAAUAUCGAUUUAUGUAAGUUCCAUUUUUAUUACUUGCGUCGGAAGAAUAGGUUUAUCCAGGAUUGUUUUCUGAUCAAUCAUGAAGCAAAUGUGUGGGAAAAUGAUUUUAAUAUUAAUAAAUUAUUAUGUCAAAGUGUCACUAUACAUGAUUUUUUGUCAAACAUUUAUAUAAUUAUAAAACGUUCAUUUUUUAAAAC